AUGGUACGCGGAAAGGCAAAGAAAACGCGCAAAUUUGCUACCGUCAAGCGACUACUCAGCCCAAAGGAUGCGAGACUAAAAGAAAACAAGGUAAAGCAAGCCGCAAAGGAAGCAGAAGCGAAAGAAAAGGCUGUCAGAAGAGUAACACAAGUCUCUUCUGCACUCUUUUUGUCGCACAAUACCUCACUUGGGCCCCCCUACCGCGUGCUCGUCGACACGAAUUUUAUUAACUUCAGCCUGCAAAACAAGCUCGAGCUCGUGGCAGGCAUGAUGGACUGCCUAUAUGCAAAGUGUAUCCCAUGCAUCACCGACUGUGUGAUGGCGGAGCUCGAGAAGCUGGGCCCGAAAUAUAGAAUUGCGCUCCGAGUGGCUCGCGACCCACGCUUUGAACAUCUCACAUGCACGCACAAGGGUGUGUAUGCUGACGACUGUCUUAUCGACCGCAUCACACAGCACAAAUGCUAUAUUGUCGCCACAUGUGAUAAGGAGCUCCGGAGACGCGUGCGCAAGGUCCCGGGCGUACCACUAAUGUACAUUGUCCGAAGACGGUACGCCAUUGAGCGUCUUCCAGACGGUGGUGCACCCGCAUAA